AUGCCUCCAAAAGAAGAUUGGGAGAAAUAUAAGGCUCCAGUGGACGCCGAGGACGAGAAAGAGAAGGCCAAAGAGGACAAGAUCGUACCCUUAUCAGAAGGUGAUAUUCAAGUGUUAAAGACAUACGGUGCUGCUCCAUACGCCGCCAAAUUGAAAGAGAUUGAGAAGGAUUUGAAGACCAUUGAGAAUAAGAUUAAGGAGAAAUCUGGGGUGAGGGAAAGUGAUACCGGGUUGGCUCCCUCUCAUUUAUGGGAUAUUAUGGGGGACAGACAACGUCUAAGUGAAGAACAUCCUUUACAAGUGGCUCGUUGUACUAAGAUCAUAAAGAGCAAUGGGAACGAAGAAGAACAGGAAGGUGAAGGAGAAAGUGCAGCAAGUGCAACUUCUACCACGAACAAUGCAUCUACCACCGGAUCAGGCGAAAAUGGUGAAGAUGAAGAUGAAGAUGCUAAAUACGUUAUCAACUUGAAACAGAUUGCUAAGUUUGUUGUCGGGUUGGGUGAACGUGUUUCCCCAACUGAUAUCGAAGAAGGUAUGAGAGUCGGGGUGGAUAGAUCAAAAUAUAAUAUUGAAUUACCACUUCCACCCAGAAUUGACCCUUCAGUGACCAUGAUGACAGUGGAAGAGAAACCGGAUGUUACAUACUCAGAUGUUGGUGGCUGUAAGGACCAAAUUGAAAAACUAAGAGAAGUUGUGGAAUUACCGCUAUUGUCUCCUGAAAGAUUUGCUACAUUAGGUAUCGAUCCACCAAAGGGUAUCCUACUUUAUGGACCUCCAGGUACUGGUAAGACUUUAUGUGCCAGAGCUGUUGCCAACAGAACAGAUGCUACAUUUAUUAGAGUUAUCGGGUCCGAAUUAGUACAGAAAUACGUGGGUGAAGGUGCACGUAUGGUUAGAGAAUUAUUUGAAAUGGCACGUACCAAGAAGGCAUGUAUUAUUUUCUUUGAUGAAAUUGAUGCCAUUGGUGGAGCUCGUUUUGAUGAUGGUGCUGGUGGUGAUAAUGAAGUGCAAAGAACUAUGUUGGAAUUAAUUACACAAUUAGAUGGGUUUGAUCCUCGUGGUAAUAUUAAAGUGAUGUUUGCUACAAAUAGACCAAACACAUUAGAUCCUGCAUUACUAAGACCAGGUAGAAUUGAUCGUAAAGUGGAGUUUUCACUUCCUGAUUUAGAAGGUCGUGCAAAUAUCUUCCGUAUCCAUUCCAAAUCCAUGAGUGUGGAACGUGAUAUAAGAUGGGAAUUGAUUUCAAGACUAUGCCCAAACACAACCGGGGCUGAAUUAAGAUCCGUUUGUACCGAAGCAGGCAUGUUUGCCAUUAGAGCAAGAAGGAAAGUGGCCUCUGAAAAGGAUUUCUUAAAGGCAGUGGAAAAAGUUAUCAAUGGUUACAAGAAAUUUAGUUCCACUUCACGUUAUAUGCAAUACAAUUAG